AUCCAGUUCAUGGUGCGCCUUCCUCGAGGGUAUUGUGGCUUUCUCUAAGGAGGCUUCCCUCCCUUUACGUGACCCCGGAUGACGUCGCUCAGAAUUGAAUCGUAGAAGCGGGUUCUUCACCUGCAGGAAAACACUCGGGAGCAGGAGAAACGCGGGGAAGUUUACCUUUUAAAAAUAACAAUAACUACAGCAGCAAUGCACUUUCAAAUAAAACAUCUAGUGCGCCUGAACCACUGCGUGGCUGUUGAACGCGAGAGGACACUCUGGAAAACAGUGCGGGCUGUGUCCGCAGCAAAACAACGUGGCGUAAGACAAGCAGGAUCGCAUGCGUCUGCAGACAUCCAGAAGCAUUUCGCCCUGCAGUGCAGCAGAAACUAUGCAUCCGACACGGCGUACAACCGAGCCUUCGCCUCAGCCAGGGACAACCCCGAGGAAUUCUGGGGCGAGGUGGGACAGGAUAUAAACUGGUUUGAGCCGUGGAGUAGAACUUUGCACGUUGAGGAUCCAGUGUUUCCAAACUGGUUUGUUGGAGGGAAGUUGAACAUGUGCUACAAUGCUGUGGAUCGUCAUGUAGAGAGCGGCCGUGGAGAGCAGCCUGCCAUCAUUUAUGACAGCCCAGUGACUGGAACUAAACAGAUCAUCACUUUCAGGGAACUUCAGGACCAGGUGUCCAGGUUAGCAGGCGUCUUCGCGAAGUAUGGGGUACAGAAAGGAGAUCUGGUAGUCAUCUACAUGCCUAUGGUGCCACAGGCCAUGUUCGCCAUGUUGGCCUGUGCCCGGAUCGGUGCCCCCCACAGCCUCAUCUUUGGAGGCUUCGCUUCCAAAGAGCUUUCUGUCCGCAUUGAUCAUGCCAAGCCCAAGCUGAUGGUUACAGCUUCAUUUGGCAUCGAGCCAGGCAGAAGAGUGGAGUACAUCCCCCUGGUGAAGAAGGCCCUGGAGCUGAGCACUUAUAGGCCUUCUAAAGUCCUCAUCUACAACAGGCCCAACAUGGAAAAAAUACCAAUGAUACCGGAGUUGGGUCUGGACUGGGAGGAAGAGAUGGCCACAGCUCGGCCGCAUGACUGUGUUUCUGUUCCCUCCAACCACCCCCUCUACGUCCUCUACACAUCCGGGACCACUGGAACACCAAAGGGUGUUGUGCGAGACACUGCAGGCUAUGCUGUGAUGCUGAAAUGGACCAUGUCAAAUAUUUAUGGACUCAGUCCUGGAGAUGUUUGGUGGGCAGCGUCAGACCUCGGCUGGGUGGUCGGCCAUUCAUACAUCUGCUAUGGUCCUCUGCUCCAUGGUAACAGCACUGUUCUCUAUGAGGGUAAACCUGUGGGCACUCCAGACUCUGGGGCUUUCUUCCGUGUCCUCUCUGAACACGGCGCCACUUCCUUGUUCACAGCACCCACCGCCAUCCGAGCCAUUCGCCAGCAGGACCACCAUGCUGCAAUUGGGAAAAGAUACCCCCUGUCCAGGUUGCGGUCAUUAUUUGUGGCAGGAGAGCGAUGUGACGUGGAGACGCUGGAAUGGGCAAAGAGGAGCUUUGGGGUUCCUGUUCUGGAUCACUGGUGGCAGACUGAAACUGGCUCACCCAUCACAUCCUCCUGUAUUGGUCUGGGGAACUCACUCACGCCACCUGCAGGUCAGGCUGGCAAACCUGUUCCAGGCUACAGCGUCACAGUGAUUGAUGAUGACAUGCAGGAGGUAAAGCCAAGAACCCUGGGAAAUAUUGUGGUGAGACUACCUUUACCACCCGGUGCAGCUUUGUCACUGUGGCAGAACGACACUCUGUUCAAUGAGCUCUACUUCACCAAGUUCCCAGGUUACUAUGACACUAUGGAUGCAGGUUAUGUGGAUGAAGAGGGUUUCCUUUACAUCAUGUCUCGGUCUGAUGAUGUCAUCAACGUGGCAGGCCACAGGCUAUCGGCUGGAGCAUUGGAAGAGUCAGUGCUGCUGCACCCUGCAGUGGUAGACUGUGCUGUGGUGGGUCUAGAAGACACUCUGAAGGGUCUUGUUCCAUUAGCCCUGUGUGUACUCAAGAAUGGUGUGCAGAGAAAUGAAGAGGAAAUCAUAAAUGAGAUGGUGAAGCUUGUAAGAGACACCAUCGGACCCGUGGCCGCCUUUAGGAAAGUGAUUUUUGUUCUCGGACUGCCAAAGACGCGCUCUGGUAAAAUACCUCGCUCCUCUUUAGCCAACCUGGUCAACGGCAAGCCCUACAAGAUCACUCCAACCAUCGAGGACCCAGAAGUCUUCAAAGACAUCGAAAAGCAGGUAGAAAAGGCUCUGAGAACUUGCUGAGCCUGACCUUACCUGUUAGAUGAGGAAGAAUAUACAUUUUGGCAACAAAUUCACUCUAGGGGCUUCAAAUGUAAACUUAAUUGUGCGAUUCUUCUUAUAAGUUGAAGGUAGGCAUUGAUGUACAUGGCUAAUGUUUUCACUUGUAUGUAACCGGAAAUUACACUGCAUAUUCAUUUAAUGAGCAGAUGCAAGGUACGGCUACUGUAAGUAUAAAAUAAUGUCUGAGGCAUACAAAUGUUCAGUGGAGAAAUAAUGAAAACUCAUUCACUGACAGUUUUUUUUUUAUUGACAAUGAUAAUUUGCUUGCUCACCACUUAGUUUUGACCAAAGUACAAGAAUAAAAAAAAAAAUGGACAAAAAAUGAUUCAUUGUUCGUGCAAACUGAAGAUGUAAAAACAAAUUAAGACUUCAGUCGUCCAUCAGAAAUAAGUAAAAGACAGAUACCCUGGAAACUCUGACAGAAACAAAGAGUUAACAGUUACACUAAUGUAAGUCACAGCAAGCAACAGGUUUUUCAUUAAAUGUCACCUCACUUCAAUAUGGUCAUAUACACUCUACGCACACUAUGAGCUAAAGCAGUCUGUCUUUUAGUUAUUUCCUUUGUAGUGUCCGAGGGGGGAGAAGGCCAGCUUGGCUGAGUGUGUAGUUGUCCUUUGUGUUAAUAUAUCGCCUGACAAAACAUACAGUACAACAAGUGAUAGGUUCUAUGAAUGACGUCCUGCUUUUGUGGUUUUGUGCAACUUCGGAGAGCAAUGGCAUCUCUUGUUUUGUCCUUGGCUACUAAAUAGUCUGAGUUGAUGCGGUUGUAUCAAAGUGCUUGUCAUGUCAUUCCAGUGCAUCGACAUGUCCUCUUAAAAUCCUCCUAGAUUACAGCAAGUCCGUAAGAAAGAAGCUUGUUGGUGCCAGAAAUGGGGCUCAGAGUGGUUUUUGUACACCACUAGAGGGCAGGUUUUCACACCACAUCCAGUCUCCUUUUCUCUCUCUCUGGUGCAGCACAGGUUCAUCGUCAUCAUUGACACAA